UUCAAAAUGGUAAACCAUAUUUUCGAAUUUCUCAGACUAAUUAGUAGGUUUAAUAGUUACAGUAUUUUAGUAGUUAUAGUAGGUUUACCUAGAAUAUUAAUAAAAUCAUGUUUAUGUAAAUAUGCCGAUGAAGAAGUCGUCAAUUAAAUCUCAUGUUUAUUGGGAGAAUAAUUUUUGACACAAUAUUUUUCCUAGGUGUUGCAUUUGUCUUCAACAAGAAGCUUAGAAACUAUGUAAAAAGAGGAAUAAGAAAGGUUUCUCUGAACUCUCUCAUUUAUGGUGUUUGGAGACCUUGUUCAGCAGCUAGGCAACCAAGAAGAAAUCAAAGAACAACACCAUUUCAAGUUAACCCAGUCAGAAAUCUGACAAGAGCUCCUAGACAGGUGCAUCCUAGUAAUAGUAGUGGUGAAGCAGGUUUAACCCUGAGUGAACCAAGAAGAAACAUCAGCCCAGAGAAAGGAGUCAGGUAUCCACCUGGAGAAAAUACUGGAGUAAUAUCUCAUGUUCCUUCCUCAAGAAUAAUCUAUACUACUUCAGCGGAGAUUCAUUUGCAACCUGCAGAAGAGCAUCAAUCAAAUUCUACCAAUUUAGAACAAACUCAAGAAUAUUUUGAAAUGAAUACCAUCAUAACGGAUUUCCAUCAAACAAUGAGUAGUAUAGAAGAGAAUUCUUUAGCUGGAGAAGAUACUAGAAGAAUGUCCUUCUAGAAUGAUUUGUGUCUCUUCUGUUCGUAAUGAUUCUGAUCGAGAAGAGGAGAAUAUUUAUGAGCAAGAUUCAAGUUUAGAACUUACUUAGGAAGAUCCAGUACUAGAUCAUAACUUUCCUUAAUUUGCAUCAAAAUAAAGCAGUUUAGUUGAAAAUUCUGUAACUGAACCUUUUUCAAUACUCAAUGAAAAUCUGUCUUGGAAGAUAUCAUCUUUGUUUACUUGAUUUAAAUGAAACAAAAAGUAGCACUGAAAGAAAACUGAUUUUGAAAAGGCUUUUACCGAAUUUUAGCCUGAUUAGUUAAAAGGUCUAAA